GUGCGUGGCCCGCGCCGUGCUGCCUGGAAACCCCGUGUUCGCAGUGAGGGAGCCGCGGUCAGUGCGCCAUUAGCUGCCCUCCGGAGCUGUGUGUGAGGAUUACCGUGCCGGACACCUGGACCCACCGCAGCCAGCACCCGGAACUCUCCCCGGACACCGGCCUGACCACGGGACGGACCGACCCCGACUGACCGCCCUGUGUGGGCUUGGAACCGACGACUAGGCCUCAGCCGCCCUUUGUGCCCACCCCGGACCCCGCUCGGAGCCGCAGGACUGGACUGUCUGACACCGCGUUACCGGAACACACGGACUGAGUUACCGGAACACACGGACUUGGACUGAGUGCUCUGGACAUAGCUCGGCCCGCGGGCCUUGGAACUGUUGGACAGUUGUGUCAUUGGAAGAUUAAGCCACUCUGGGACUUACUAUUUAACCUCCUUUUGAAGACCGUGGUGUGUGUGUAAGGGGUGGGGGGAGUGUUGGGUUGGGGGCCCCACUGAGGGGCCCCCCGCCCCCUUUAUUUCUGUGUCGUGCCCCGUCCUAGGCCUUGGUGUGCUGUGUGAGUGUUUUGUGUGCUGGCCAUGUGUGAGAUCUGCUCUCUCUGUCCCUGUUCUGUCUGAGCCCUUUCCAUUAUUUAGACUACUGCACCCCCAUACCCCCCAAUAACCAGCUAACAUGUCGUGUGUGCAUUACAAGUUUUCCUCCAAACUCAACUAUGAUACGGUGACCUUUGAUGGCCUGCACAUCUCCUUGUGCGACCUCAAGAAGCAGAUCAUGGGGAGAGAGAGGCUGAAGGCUGCUGACUGCGAUCUGCAGAUCACCAAUGCUCAAACACAGGAAGAGUAUACAGAUGAUGCAGCACUGAUUCCUAAAAACUCAUCAGUCAUCGUACGGAGAAUUCCUAUCGGAGGCGUUAAAACAUCAAGCAAAACAUAUGUCAUAAGUCGUUCCGAGCCAGUGAGUGGAACAUCAAAAGCAAUUGAUGACGCUUCUGCAUCUAUUUCUAUGGCCAAGCUUGCUAAGACCGCCAAUCUGGCUGAAGCAGAUGCUUCUGAAGAGGAUAAAAUCAAAGCUAUGAUGACACAAUCCGGACAUGAAUACGAUCCUAGCAAUUAUAUGAAGAAACCGCUAGGCCCUCCGCCUCCUUCCUAUACAUGUUAUCGAUGUUUAAAACCUGGCCAUUACAUAAAGCAGUGCCCUACCAACGGGCAGGACAAAUCUUUUGAGCAAACUGUCAGGAUUAAAAAGAGCACUGGAAUCCCCCGUAGUUUUAUGGUGGAAGUAGAGGAUCCCAAUAUGAAGGGAGCUAUGCUUACAAACACUGGAAAAUAUGCCAUACCUACAAUCGAUGCGGUGGCUUAUGCUGUUGGGAAAAAGGAAAAGCCACCGUUUCUUCCCCCUGAACCCUCAUCGUCUUCUGAGGAAGAGGAUCCUGUGCCCGAUGAGCUGCUAUGCUUGAUCUGUAAAGACAUGAUGAACGAUGCUGUUGUAAUACCGUGCUGUGGGAAUAGCUACUGUGAUGAAUGUAUUCGCUCUGCCCUACUUGACUCUGAUGAUCAUACCUGCCCAACAUGCCACCAGACAGAGGUUUCCCCGGAUGCUUUAAUCGCCAACAAAUUUUUACGUCAGGCUGUAAACAAUUUUAAGAAUGAAACCGGUUACUCAAAGAGGAUCCGCAAGCAACAGUCUGCACCUCCUGCAAAACAGUCCCAAGCUGCUCCACCUGCACGCAACACACAACAGUCUUCACGCACAAUGCCAUCGCGACAGCAGGACCCUCUCAUUGCUCCUGCAACUACUGCACCAGUUGUUAAUCAGACCCCUCCCAGCACUGUUCCGAGCCGCCAGUCUGCUGCACCUAGCACUGUACCAGCCAACCCUCCACCAUUGUCUGCAUCUCCUGCAGACUCCACACCUUCACUGCCAUUACCUGUCCACAAGGAGAGAGUAAAAACAGAACCUGUAUAUCACAAUCAGGACAAAAUUGGCUCCCGUUCUAGCACGGUUCCUGCCAUCCCGGUUACAUCAUCCAGCUGCUUAAACCCUGUGACCAGUAACUCACUUCUUGGAGAUAAGGGAUAUCAUGUACCGGUUCUUAGUCAAUUGCCUUCCCUUGCUCACUGCCAUCCUGCACCAACACCACUCUUGAGGACCAAUAUCCCCAGACCAUCUGGACCAAGACCCCUUAUGGGCUGGGAAGGUCCAAGUCGUGGACGCCAUCCUCACAACGACCGUCCUCUUAGAAAUCAGGGUCCUUCCAUGGUAUCAUCGGGACCGGUGUAUGUCCAUCCACCUCCUCCUUUGUUUCCACCACCUCCUCCUCACGGUCUUCCACUGCCCCCAGGAGCUCCUCCACCACAAUUCCCACCUCAAUUUCCUCCUGGUCAGCCCCCAGGUGCGGGUUAUAAUGUUCCUCCUCCUGGUUUUGCUUCAGUGUCUCAAACAGUAUCUGCACCUUGGGCUCCUGCAACAAUACAAGGAGCACAUAGCAAUGCUCUUUCAGCAACAAACUUAGUAAACCCACCGCUGUCCAAAGAGGAGUUCUACAGAGAGCAACGUCGACUUAAAGAAGAAGAAAAAAAGAAAUCUAAACUUGACGAGUUUACAAAUGACUUUGCCAAGGAACUACUUGAAUAUCGUAAAAUACAGAAAGAGCGCAAACGAUCUUACUCCAGGUCAAAAUCUCCAUACAGCGGCUCAUCUUACUCCAAAAGCUCCUCCUAUUCCAGAUCAAGAUCCAACUCUUCAAGGUCACCUUCUUACUCCCGAUCCUAUAGCCGGUCACGCUCUCGUUCUUACUCAAGAUCACCUUACCAGAGGAAGGUUUCCUCAAAGGGUCGCGCUCACCGCUCUAAAUCCCGGUCUCGUGGAUAUCAACAUUCCAGAUCCAAGUCCCCAUACAGACGGUACAAUUCACGCUCCAAAACACCUCCCCAUAGACCCCCGUCACCAAACAAAAGAGUAGUUCCUCUAAUGGAAAGUGACCGGGAAUAUUGUAAUAGAUAUCGUGAAAUGCCUCCCUAUGACAUCAAGGCUUUAUAUGGUCGUCAACCAGACUUAAGAGAUCCCUAUGAAAGACAACGAUUUAGAGAGUGGGAGAGAAAGUACAUAGACUGGUAUGAAAAAUAUUGUAAAGGGGUCACAAUGAAUGCUAUGCCACGACAGAGGUCCCCUGUGAACCGGGAGAAUUAUUCACCAAAUCGCUUCCCUGUUCCUCCACAAGCACGUAGGGAUAAUUCUCCAUACAACCGAGGCCGAAGAGAAGAUUAUCCUCCUUUGUUACCACACCGUGGUCGUCCUCUUGCAGGGUCCUAUCAAGAGAAAAUGCUUCCACGUGAACCUCCUCAUGGCAUGAAGGAUGCAAACAAAUUGAAAGAAAAAGAAGUAAUGAACCCACCUUUAGACUCUAAAGGAAACAAACACAAAAAACAUCGAAAGAAGAGGAAAGGGGAGGAAAAUGAAGGCUUCACCAAGCCAGAUAUAGACAACCCCCGGAAACACAGAGAUCCAAAUGCAGUAGAUGGUAAAAGAAAUGAACCCUUCUUUGUGCCCACAAGCAAAGAUGAUGCUACCCCAGUAAGGGACGAGCCAAUGGAUGCAGAGUCCAUUGCUCUUAAAGCUCUUGCUGCAAAGGACAAACGAGAGAAGGCCAAGGUAAAACCAGAGAAAACAAAACAUAAGCUUGAUGGUAACUUGCCUAAAAAGGAAACCACCUCAACCUCCAAGGUAGUCAAAAUCGAAAAAGUAGUAGUUGAUGUUGAGAAGGAAAAACUUGCUGGUGUUGAACCACCAACCAAGAAGCCAAAAGAUGAGACACAAAAACCUGACAAUGUCAAAAAGGAUGAUAAAACUGCUUUGCUGCCACGCAAAGUGCAACUUAAAGUGGUAAAGCAAAAUCCAGAUGAUAAACAGGUGACAAAAGAUGAUAAACAGGUGACAAAAGAUGAUAAAAGCAAGAAGGAGCCCUCAAAAGAUGUAAAGCAAGAGAAACCCAUCGUCAAAGAGGAGAAGUCAAAGAAGGUUAUAGAUAAAUCCAAAGUAAGCGAGGUCAAGCAAGAGAAACGAAAAAGGAAAGUGGAUGAGAAGGUCCCAGGAAAGGAACAGGACAAAACCACAGUAGAAACCAGCGAGCCCCCCAAACCUUCCACCUCAAAAGUUAAGUCUGAAGUAGAGAUUAAAAAUCCUGAAAAGGUACCUGAAAAUGAGAAGCCUACUGUUAAAAAAAUUAAACUCAACCGUGAAACUGGAAAGAAAAUAGCCACUGCUGAUACCUCUGCAGUGGCUGAGGAGGCUGAGGAGAAAAAGAUGCCUUCUGCUGUGACCAAGUCAAAACUAGAACGGGUGAAGGGCAAAGUACGGAGAAAAGUCACUGUUCAAGAUGGAUCUGGCUCCACCUUGGUGGAUUAUACCAGCACAAGUUCCACUGGAGGAAGUCCCAUACGAAAGGGAGAAGAUAAACUAGAUACCAAGAGAACAGUCAUCAAGACAAUGGAGGAAUAUAAUAAUGAUAUCACUGUGCCUGCAGAAGAUGUAAUUGUAAUGGUUAAGAUUCCCCAGUCAAAAUGGGACAAAGACGAUUUUGAGUCUGAAGAUGAUGAGGCUAAGGAUGCGCCGACUUUACCUUGUGCUGGAAAGCCGAUGAGUGUGAUAACAAAGCCUCUGUCUUCUGUUAUUCUUGUUGAUAAGGAAACUAGUUUAUUAGAGAAGCCAAAAUCGACCCGGGAACAAGGAGAUGAGGGCUCACCACUUGAUGCCAAAACUUCAAAAGAAUCCUCAGUUUCCCACACCAAGAGCAGGCUCAGUGGUAAAGAUAGCCCUGUUGAUGUGAAGGAAACGUCUAACAAAAGAAAAGGAAGUUCCCAGGCUGACAGCAGCUCUGACCGGUCAGGUCAGCACUCUUCUAAAGAGAGGUCAUCUGAGAAACCAGAUUCUAGCAGAGGCUCUUCUAGUCGAGAUUUCACUCCUAACCGUGAUAAAAAGUCUGAGCGUUCAGACAGCAGGGAUCGAAAGCUGGAUCAUGAAAGCAAAUCUAGGGAUAAAAAACAGGAACAUGAAGCCCGGGACAAAAAAAUAGACUAUGACAAAGAAAAGGAUAAAAAGGUUGAGAAUGACAAUAAAGAACGAGACCGCAGGCUAGAACACGAAGGCAAGGAAAAGAAGCCAGAGUAUGAUAGCCGGGAUCAAAGCAGUUCAAAGAGGCGAGAUGAUAGAAGAAAGGACUCCCCUAUUAGAGAUACAUCCUCAAGUUCCCAGAAAUCUAGACCCAGGGAUAUACAGACUGAAACCUCUAGGAAAGGUACAGGUGAAAUAAAAAGUAGCCACAGCCCUUCACGGGAGCGGAAAGUAAAAGGCGAUAUAAAGGCUCCUGAUGCUAAACGGGCACGUGUUGAUCAAAAGCCAUCAGAAAAAUCCAGUACAAAAGAAAAGGAAAGGACCGUGUACAAAUCAAAGGGUGCAGAGGAAACCAGUGAUAACGUUUGUUCGAACACUAGACAUACUUCACCAGACACACAAACUGACAAAGAUGUUGGUGAAAAAGACUCCCACAAAGCAAAGGUUCCUCAGAACCCCUCAACACGACUGUCAACUGACCUCACGCGAGAGACCGAUGAGGCUGCUUUUGUGCCUGAUUAUAAUGAGAGUGACAGUGAAUCCUCUGUAAAACAGGAAGCAACCACAUCCCAGGAACCUCAGGAAAACAAAAAUAAGGACAGUGAAAGCACGGGCAUUAUGGAACCAGUUGACACAACUGGCCUGCCUGCCACGAAUCCAAGCAGCCCAAGUGAGAGCCGCAGCCCCAGCCCAGUUGAUUCACAAACUCACAGCCGCAGCAGUAGUGUGAGCUCUGUGGGGAGUCAGGACAGCAAAAAAAGAAAGCGGAAAAAGGAAAAGAAAAAACACAAAAAGCACAAAAAACACAAGAAGCAUAAGAAGCAUGCAGGUAAUGAAUCAGAGACUGAAAAAACAGAAAAGAGUCAGAAACACAAACACAAGAAGAAAAAGUCCAAGAAGAGCAAAGAUAAGGAAACGGAGAAGGAGGAGGUUAAAGCCAAACCACCAGUAACUGAGUGAACUUCUCGAGCCCAUCACCUCAAUAAAGCAAAAGCCUUUCCUGUGUCCAAAUGUAUUAUUUGUUCCACUGAAAUGUAAACAAAGGAGCUAUGUAAAUACUGGGAAACUGUGCCACACUUAAUAUAUUGAUUUGACUUUUACAUCAGAGCUUUAUAAAGUGAUUGUUUUUGUACGGAA